AUGCAUCUCUUACAAUGUCUUCUUUCGACCAUUUCUCUUGCCUCAACGGUUGCAGCCUUUGUGCCUUAUUCAUUUAACCUCGAGGUCUCGACCGACGGGUCUGCCAGCAAUGAUGUCGCCCGCCGUUUCGUGCCCUGGAAAUUAGUGCCAGACGACUCAGACAACGAACCCGGGUCCUCUUCAAACGGUGUAUCCUUAACGUUGGGCCUCAGAAAGUUUCCUGUCCGCCGUGAUAACAAUUAUAAAGUUGUCUUGGCAGAAGACCCUACAACACCCAACACUGCCGCUCUUAACCAGGAGGGCCUCGAUUUCUCUUACUUUGCUACGGUCAGGAUCGGCUCUCAAGACCAGCAGAUGUGGAUGGUCCUGGAUACGGGGGGACCGAAUACGUGGGUCUUUGGCUCAGACUGCACGACUGAGGCCUGUCAACGGCACGAAACGUUCGGUGAAGCUGCUUCAAAGACUCUCCAGUUAUUACCGCUGAACUGGGCUGUCGGGUAUGGGACAGGAUUGGUCAGCGGUGUCCUUGGGAAAGACAGUCUCUCACUUGCUGGUUUGGAUGUAAAUAUGACGUUUGGCUUGGCCAAAAAUGCUUCCGCCGAUUUCGAAUCGUAUCCUGUGGAUGGUAUUCUUGGCUUGGGACGAUCGGCUAAUAGCAAUUUCAACACUCCGUCGUUCAUGGAAUCCGUCGCGGCGCAACGCGUUCUCAAAUCAAACAUCAUCGGAUUCAGCUUCUCUCGCAACUCGGAUGGUGCCAGAGAUGGAGCGGCGAAUUUUGGCGAGCUGGAUACGACCAGGUUCACGGGCGAUAUCGUCUACACGAACACAACUGGAGACAGCAAUAACUGGAGGAUACCCUUGGACGAUGCCAGUGUGAAUGGUACACCUUGUCGUUUCGCCAACAAGACCGCUGUCAUCGACACUGGCACGUCGUACGCCAUGCUUCCCCCGAAAGACGCCACAGUGUUGCACAACCUCAUUCCGGGUGCUGUCACGACCUCACAGGGGCAGAAUUUCACCCUGCCGUGCAACUCGACGGCAGUGGUGCAAGUGAGCUUCUCUGGCCUUAGCUACAACAUCUCCCCUAAGGAUUACGUCGGACCGCACUACGGUUCGGCGUGCGUGUCGACUAUUGUGGGACAAGCCUUGUACGGGGACGACGUGUGGCUCUUGGGCGAUGUGUUCUUGAAGAACGUCUAUUCUGUGUUCGACUAUGAUAAGCAUCGGAUUGGCUUCGCAAAUCGUUCUGCCCCUAUUACCUCACCGACCACUACGGUCGCUACGGCCUCUGCGACAGACGGAGCUGGGUCGACUUUGACCGACUCCGUAGCAGUCCAUACUGGGAGUGCGUCGAGUAUUGUAUCUCGAUUUGUCCACUGGCCCGCCGUUUCGGUACUUCUUUGCAUGGUGUUGCUGUAG